CAAAGAGUUGUGGGAAGACGUAACGAGUCCAGAAUUCGUGGAAAAGCGGAAGCAAUUUAUUCUAGAUUCCAAGCAGCGAAACGCUCAAUACAACGGCUACUGCUUGGAUUCUAAACGUAUUCGCGAUUCGAGGGACAUAAAUCGAAAGAUGUUUUUUGAAGUCCCAGUCCCGAAGUGAAUUCAAAAUGUCUAUUUACCUCGACGAGUAUGGACACGCUCAUCGAUGCUAUGAUGAAUACGAUGAAAACCAAUAUUCUUACUCUGAUGAUGACUAUUUUGAUAAUUAUGAUGAUGACGAUUUUGAUGAUUCCUAUUACCCCGCUUAUGGGCGCCGUUCUUUAUCCCCGCCGCCCAAGGCUUUGCCAACGCUGGUCGACAGCUGCUGCAAAAUUCUUUCUGCAAAUUUCCCCAUCAGUUAUGUACAAGACCAGUGGAAAACAGUCCCAGACGAGCUUCAGUUGAAAGUGAUCUCAAGUUCUUUCCCUGCAGAGUUUCCUGCUACUGUUGGAUCAUCAAAUUCAGAUUCUUCUAAUCGUUCUUAUUGCAUACCUACCAUCAUCCAAACAGGUUGUGAAAUAAGGGCUACCGUUAUGGACAACUAUGUGACCAUUCACUUUGAUCGUGGCAAGUUCACCUCUGUAGACUGUACAUGCAACUAUCAUAAGAACAGGGCCGAGGAUGAUCCCAUGAAUAGAUGGUGCGCCCAUGUUAGGAAAGCAGUUGCUAUGCGGAUCAAUUAUCCUGAAAAGAUUAAAUAUUACCUCAGUCCUAUCAACGAGUCACUUCAGAAACUUGACAGAAUGAAGCUCCUAAAGCUAACAGGCUCUCUUCUUAAUCAAUAUACCAACAAUCCUGUUGUAGAUUCUGCUCAAGAGCAUCUCGAUCAGCUAUUCAACAAGAGCAAGAACAGCGAGGCUUUCAUCGAUGUUUCGGGUAACCCAAUUCCAUCAGCUAGUCCUUUUGUGGCUUGUUCUUCAAGCUCAUCAGGUUUUGAUUCUGUCACCCCUUUUUCGUCAUCCCUGUCGUCUAAAGGAUUCAAGAUGUAUCACGAUCUUAAAGACAAUUCGACAUCGUCUUUAAAACAGACGACAGUGAAAGAGGCUUGCGUCAGAUCGCUAGUGGACUGCUGCUGCAACGUUCUCUCUGCAAAUUUCUCGAUCAGUUAUGUACAAGACCAAUGGAAAACAGUCCCAGACGAGCUUCAGUUGAAAGUGAUCUCAAGUUCCUUCCCUGUAGAUAAAGAAAAAGUAAUGAAAAUUGCAAAUUUUGGUAGGAAAGAACACAUGUAUGGAAGCUAUAGUGACCCUUUGGAAGCUAUGUUCAAACCUAAAAACAUAAGGGACAUGAAGCAAAUUGGUUGUCGACUAAGUGCAAAGGUUGCUGGUUUCCAUUUUGUAACCAUUUUCUUUGAUCGCCGCAAGAUCACUUCUGCCCACUGCUCCUGCCAGUCACAGAGACCUUGGUGCCAACAUGUGCAAGAGACAGCUCUUGAAAGGAUUCGCCAUCCCGAGAGAGCAACCUACCACCUGCCAAUCACUGACUCACUUUAUCAAUUGAACAGAGAUGAACUUCUCAAGUUGGCAAGCAUGCUUUUGAAUUAUCCUGAUGAGAUUGAAAUGGUAGACAAUGCCUUUCAGUUGAUGGAUAAGCUGUUGAACAAGAAUGGCCAACAUUGCCAUGCAGAAAUCAAUGUCAUGGAUGGGGUGCCAGACGCUACCGCAGGACCAGGUGUUGAUGAAGAAAGUCAUUGGGUGAUAUCUAAAGCAGAUAUCUCUCAAUUCUUCAUUGCAACCUACAGAUUAGAGAAACCCCUUAUUCCUGAAAUCAAAAUAUCUUCAAACACUCCUGCCAGCCCUUCAUACACUCAAGAAUCUCAAGAGCCCCAAGAGGAAACCCGCCAUUGCAAGAGACCUUUCAGAAUCAGUAGCCCUGUAAUAAAAGGCACCUGCACGAAGCAUUUCCGCAGCAGUCACUUCCUCCCUACGAAACUUUUGGAUACAGUCUAUAGUCUGCUCUAUGAAGACAUUGACGAAGUACUCUUUAUCAUGACAAAGACCCUUGUUGAUCAUCUGGAAAAUAAUAAAUGGACAUGGAGGACAGCCUCUCUGUAUCUAUCCACAGAAAAUGAAAAUGAUUUUGCAAAAUUGUCAUGGAGGAAAGAGUCUCUGGAUCUACAUAUAACCUCGCUCGCUAUGUCGUUCACUGCUACUCCUUUCAGUUGUGGGACGCUGUGUGAUGAGCUGUCCAGACUUUGGCUGCUGGUUGUCCUCAAUCCCAAGAUGUCACACAGAAAGAAAGAAGUUCUGACUGGAUGGCUUGAGGAAUUGGAUUUGGAAAUUUGCAGGGUCUUCAAGGAUAAGCAUCUUUUGCCUUGGAUCGGUGUUGAGAUCGCUCUUAACGUUUUACGGAAUGUGGAUUUGACAAGAGACGAGCUGAGAUGCAUAACAAACGAAGAUGUUCCCUUGGCUACUGUCUCGGCAGUUAAAAUGGUCCAGUUCAACCUCCAAAAAUCAGACGUCGAACCAAAUGAGCAAAGGGUUCGGCAGCCGCACACAAUAAGGAUUGGCACCGUGGAUUUGGAAAUUCAGACAUGGUGUGCCAUUAUCCAAGCAUUGCAGUUUCGUCAAUGCGAUGCUGCGGCUACAAACUUGGCAUUUGAAAUCUCUGCAGCUUUGGUGAGCUGCUUCUUGGGUCAGAUCCUUGGUCACUGCGACACUGACAAGUUGCCCUUCACGUUAUGUGAUCUCGCUGGCAGAUCUGACUCCAAGUCGUACAGUCUUGAAGCAAUGGAAGACGAGAAAGAGAGCAAACGCCCAGAACCUAUUUGGCCACGAGAUACCAUUGUGGACGUCUCCACAUUUGCUUUCCUGUUUGAUGUCCUGAGUGUGGAUGAAAGAUUGACACAAGCGGCAUUUGCACAUCAUCGCAAGUGUAUUCUGAAAAGGCCUGACCACGACGAGGAAGCCAUGAGAGGAAUACAUUCGGGAAAUGAGAUCCGGGAUCUUAUAGGACUGAUUGGGCUGUUUCUUCCAAGAGUGCCUCUGCCUUUAACUGACACUGAUCAGUUUGACGCUGAUAAUUGGCUCGCAGUUCAACUGAUGUCCAGACCAAUCACUCUGAAUUGGAUGGUUCUCUGUCAGAUAGCACAGUUCGUCCGCGACCACACAGCACACUGGUACCUGGCCCCGCCCAGCUCGCUCAUUCGGGUCAUCCUGUACCACGCCCCUUCGGACGCAGAAACCCUGAAGCUGGUUCUAGGACCUGUACUUUGUUGUCUUAGCUUUCCUUGUCCCAAGGCGGCGGAGACGAAGUAUUUAGUGCUUUUGAAUUCACUGAAUUCUCAACUCGUUGAAGAACUAGCAGUAUUGGCGAUCCUCAGAUUAAGCGACUAUGUAGAUCUCCAGAAGAUACUUGACGCAAUCUUUACCCAAAAUGGAUACCUUAGAGAGAAGUUAUUCAACAUUGCCAAGUCUCUACGAAUCAGAAUGCUCCACAGUCCCAUCAGUGUACAAUGUGACACCGAUAGAUUGUCGUACGUAGCAAGAGCUUUGAAGGUCAAAAAAAGUGAGAUUACUUUACGUUCUUACUCUCCGGACCAUGAUAAUCAAGCCAAAGAGCAGAAAUUGAUGCGGCCCAUAUUCGAGCUAUUAACCGAUAGAUUGUCGUACCUAGCAAGAGCUUUGAAGGUCAAAAAAAGUGAGAUUACUUUACGUUCUUACUGUCCGGACCAUGAUAUUCAAGCCGAAAAGCAGAAAUUGAUGCGGCCCAUAUUCAAGCUAUCAGAGCACAGUCUGAGACUGAGCAAGUCGUGCAAGGGAUAUUCCAGGUCUAACGAUCUAAGCUGGCUGACGGAGCGAGUUCUGGAGAUGGGAGAGCAAGGAUUCUCUUUCUUCCUCACUUGCCUUGGUGGUGACUUGAGUGAGAUGAUAACAGCUGGAGAGGCUUUUCAGAUGUGCGAAAAGUUCCUUGAGAAAUUCAAAAUCUUCUUCCCGCUGGAUGCGCCAAACAAAAAGACACCGGAUCGUCCUGAGGGGGCAACUGCUUUGGUCAAUGGCAUCUUGGAGCUUUUCACAGAUGUAGCAUACAAGAAUUCAAACUGGAGUGAAAUUGAACUUUGCAUUUCAAGUAUGUCGUCCUCUCUGGUCCCCUGGAUGGCUCAGCAUCUCCGUGUGAUAGCCCCUGACAAGCAAGUACCGUCAAGCAUCCUACUAUCUACUUCCGAGAAAACGUUCAAUUACUUUAAGCAGAAUUUUCGGUCUUCAAGGGUCUUUUCCAUGUCUCUUCAACAAGAUGUGUAUGACAACACGAUCCCUCCGUUGGUUGACCUGGCUUUUGAUCUAGGCGUCCUGGGAUUGAAAGCUUUCUCUAGCGAGUCUCGCACGGAUGAUGACACGACAGACAAGAUGCGUAGUUACAUCAGUAACUUUUGUGACCAUGAUAAUCAAGCCGACGAGCAGAAAUUGAUGCGACUCAUAUUCAAGCUAUCAGAGCUUAGUCUGAGACUGAGCAAGUCGUGCAAGGGAUAUUCCAGGUCUAACGAUCUAAGCUGGCUGACGGAGCGAGUUCUGGAGAUGGGAGAGCAAGGAUUUUCUUUCUUCCUCACUUGCCUUUGUGGUGACUUGAGUGAGAUGAUAACAGCUCGAGAGGCUUUUCAGAUGUGCGAAAAGUUCCUUGAGAAAUUCAAAAUCUUCUUCCCGCUAGAUGCGCCAAAUAAAAAGACACCGGAUCGUCCUGAGGGGGCAACUGCUUUGGUCAAUGGCAUCUUGGAGCUUUUCACAGAUGAAGCAUACAAGAAUUCAAACUGGAGUGAAAUUGAACUUCACAUUUCAAGUAUGUCGUCCUCUCUGGUCCCCUGGAUGGCUCAGCAUCUCCGUGUGAUAGCCCCUGACAAGCAAGUACCGUCAAGCAUCCUACUAUCUACUUCCGAGAAAACGUUUAAUUACUUUAAGCAGAAUUUUCGGUCUUCAAGGGUCUUUUCCAUGUCUCUUCAACAAGAUGUGUAUGAAAACACGAUCCCUCCGUUGGUUGACCUGGCUUUUGAUCUAGGCGUCCUGGGAUUGAAAGCUUUCUCUAGCGAGUCUCGCACCGAUGAUGACACGACAGACAAGAUGCGUAGUUACAUCAGUAACUUUUGUGACCAAGAUAAUCAAGCCGACGAGCAGAAAUUGAUGCGACUCAUAUUCAAGCUAUCAGAGCUUAGUCUGAGACUGAGCAAGUCGUGCAAGGGAUAUUCCAGGUCUAACGAUCUAAGCUGGCUGACGGAGCGAGUUCUGGAGAUGGGAGAGCAAGGAUUCUCUUUCUUCCUCACUUGCCUUGGUGGUGACUUGAGUGAGAUGUUAACAGCUCGAGAGGCUUUUCAGAUGUGCGAAAAGUUCCUUGAGAAAUUCAAAAUCUUCUUCCCGCUGGAUGCGCCAAACAAAAAGACACCGGAUCGUCCUGAGGGGGCAACUGCUUUGUUCAAUGGCAUCUUGGAGCCUUUCACAGAUGUAGCAUACAAGAAUUCAAACUGGAGUGAAAUUGAACUUUGCAUUUCAAGUAUGUCGUCCUCUCUGUUUCUCUGGAUGGCUCAGCAUCUCCGUGUGAUAGCCCCUGACAAGCAAGUACCGUCAAGCAUCCUACUAUCUACUUCCAAGAAAACGUUCAAUUACUUUAAGCAGAAUUUUCAGUCUUCAAGGGUCUUUUCCAUGUCUCUUCAACAAGAUGUGUAUGAAGACACGACCCCUUUGUUGGUUGACCUGGCUUUUGAUCUAGGCGUCCUGGGAUUGAAAGCUUUCUCUAGCGAGUCUCGCACCGAUGAUGACACGACAGACAAGAUGCGUAGUUACAUCAGUAACUUUUGUGACCAUGAUAAUCAAGCCGACGAGCAGAAAUUGAUGCGACUCAUAUUCAAGCUAUCAGAGCUUAGUCUGAGACUGAGCAAGUCGUGCAAGGGAUAUUCCAGGUUUAACGAUCUAAGCUGGCUGACGGAGCGAGUUCUGGAGAUGGGAGAGCAAGGAUUCUCUUUCUUCCUCACUUGCCUUUGUGGUGACUUGAGUGAGAUGAUAACAGCUGGAGAGGCUUUUCAGAUGUGCGAAAAGUUCCUUGAGAAAUUCAAAAUCUUCUUCCCGCUGGAUGCGCCAAACAAAAAGACACCGGAUCGUCCUGAGGGGGCAACUGCUUUGUUCACUAGCGUCUUGGAGCCUUUCACAGAUGUAGCAUACAAGAAUUCAAACUGGAGUGAAAUUGAACUUUGCAUUUCAAGUAUGUCGUACUCUCUGGUCACCUGGAUGGCUCAAUAUCUCCGUGUGAUAGCCCCUGACAAGCAAGUACCGUCAAGCAUCCUACUAUCUACUUCCAAGAAAACGUUCAAUUACUUUAAACAGAUAUCCACAGCGUUUGCUAAUUCAAAGCAGAAUUUUCAGUCUUCUAGUGUCGAGGAAGAAGACGGUUCCAUGUCUCUUCAACAAGAUGUGUAUGAAGACACGACCCCUUUGUUGGUUGACCUGGCUUUUGAUCUAGGCGUCCUGGGAUUGAAAGCUUUCUCUAGCGAGUCUCGCACGGAUGAUGACACGACAGACAAGAUGCGUAGUUACAUCAGUAACUUUUGUGACCAAGAUAAUCAAGCCGACGAGCAGAAAUUGAUGCGACUCAUAUUCAAGCUAUCAGAGCUUAGUCUGAGACUGAGCAAGUCGUGCAAGGAAUAUUCCAGGUCUAACGAUCUAAGCUGGCUGACAGAGCGAGUUCUGGAGAUGGGAGAGCAAGGAUUCUCUUUCUUCCUCACUUGCCUUUGUGGUGACUUGAGUGAGAUGAUAACAGUUGAAGAGUCUUUUCAGAUGUGCAAAAAGUUCCUUGAGAAAUUCAAAAUCUUCUUCCCGCUGGAUGCGCCAAACAAAAAGACACCGGAUCGUCCUGAGGGGGCAACUGCUUUGGUUAAUGGCAUCUUGGAGCCUUUCACAGAUGUAGCAUACAAGAAUUCAAACUGGAGUGAAAUUGAACUUCACAUUUCAAGUAUAUCGUCCUCUCUGUUUCCCUGGAUGGCUCAGCAUCUCCGUGUGAUAGCCCCUGACAAGCAAGUACCGUCAAGCAUCCUACUAUAUACUUCCGAGAAAACGUUCAAUUACUUUAAACAGAAAUUUCAGUCUUCCAGUGUCGGUUCCAUGUUUCUUCAACAAGAUGUGUAUGAAGACACGACCCCUCCGUUGGUUGACCUGGCUUUUGAUCUAGGCGUCCUGGGAUUGAAAGCUUUCUCUAGCGAGUCUCGCACGGAUGAUGACACGACAAAGAAGAUGUGGAGUUACAUGAGAAAUUUUUGUGAGCUUGUUAGCUACAUAGGUCAAAAGAGAUGGUCAGAGAAUUUGGAACGCACAAGGGAAAACAUCAAAGAGCGGCGAAGGUUGGCAAGACGAAGAGGUUUGCGCGCUGUAACGCACGGUAUCGUUGCUUCAACCGCGUUUUGGCGGUCAAACUCCGAGCUCGAGAGUGCUUACCUCUCUCCGUUUGUUGACGCAUUGAUAGAAGCCGUGUGCGACCCAAUGCUGCUUGACCACUGCUUGCGAGAGGUAUCUACUAGUCUGUAUUCGGAUCACAAUAAACGAAACUGGGAAGAUUUCCAAGUCAGUCGUGCUGUUGAUUGCUCCUCUUCACUCAGCAAGCUGCUCGUAAAGACGAUAGAAGCAUUCAAAAAACGUGUCCUUGGCCCGAAGACAAAGGAACUUGUAACUAAGUUCAUUAACCAACCGAACAAGCCUCCCCACAGAAACGCGAGUGAGGAGUUCAGUCUCGAAUUGAGAUCUUAUCGACCACAGGGGCACAAGUACAGUCUGGUUGAAAUCCUAAUGGCUGCGAAGGGCGUGAUCAAUACAAGAGAUCCAUCCGGUAGCACAUAUCGAGAGCUAGUGACUAGCCUAGUGACGCAGGAACCCGCCUUGAAAGAUUUCGUCAAGUUCUGAGUCACGAUUUCUAGAUAGCGAUCAGUGAUGGCGGUAGUUGGGGAGGUGGGGGGGGGGGGGGAUUAGUGGGGGGAUGGGGUUGGGCCAAGACCCCCCACCCCACCCCACACAACCUCUUACUAAUCAGCAGUAUUGCUGUGUUUAUCAAGGGUUGUCAUGCAGAUCCCUCGACUAAAAAGAAAAACUAGCCUCGUAUUUAAGGUAUGUAGUCUGUAGUAGACGCACUCUAGGUAGUGCGUAUCUAGUUUGGUGGGUCCUUUUUGUUAGGAUAAGCACAUGGUUAACGUUCUGUAACCUGUAAGGGCCAGUGUAUCCAUAGUCCAGACCUGGGACUCUCUUUGCGCUCGACAUUCUGGCUCGCGUGAAAGAGGGUCCAGUAUUUAAUGCAUGCGCAUGCGCGAAAAUACACCGCAUAUAUGCGGUGUGGCCUGGUUGCUUAGUUCAAGAUGGCUGCGAAAGGGAAGAGCGAGGGUGUAUUUCAGAAAUAAUACGCUGAUUUUGGUCGUGGGUAAAUACUUGAUUGUCAGUCUUUUCUGAGAACAGGACAGAUGAUAAUUAGAGUCUGGAAAAUUAUCAAUCAAAGAGCUUUUCCGUUUUCGUUAUUUUAGCGCGGGAAUCGACCCUCCUUAGGCACGUUCGUUAUUGCGCGCGCUCGUAUUUCAACUUUGUCCGUGAAGAUCGCUGAUUGGUACAUGUUCGCGCAUGCGCAUGCAAUAAAUACUGGACCCUCUUUCACGCGAGCCAGAAUGUCGAGCGCAAAGAGAGUCCCAGGUCUGGACUAGUGUAUCCAAAGCAUGAAUACUUUUCGAUUAACAUAUCUAAGUAUAGUCAUAGUUUGAUAGAAAGAAACGUUGCAGUGAAACUUAAAUAUCAUCUCUAAGGUCGGUGAGGUUAGUUAAGUCAGAAACAGUAAUGUUCAGGGUUCAUAUAUAAGUAGUUACUUGAAUGAAUUAUUAUUGAGCUGUCAUUUUCUCUAUUACUAUUUUGAAUUUUUAGAUUUUUUUAUCACAUUAAUAACUUGCUUUUACCACAAACCCACAUAUCCAGUAUUCAGUGGUUGUAAAUAAUGGAAUAAAAAUUCCUGCAAAAAAUUUCUUAAUGUUUCUGGAUCGUGCCCAGCCCCCAAAAUAGUAUUUUUCCUCGCGAACAGCUAUCAGGGAACGGGGAGAUCUAUAGGUAGAAAUGAUGGUAUAACUCUAGUCAAAAUCGCAUGGUAAUGUGAUAAUUUCACGUGUCCUCAGUAAUAUAGUAACAUAUUUAUAUACCUGAGCACUAUUCGAGAAUGCUUAUAGACUGUCUUAGCCCCUCCGUUGGCGAACGUCAGUAAAAAUACGAAGAAAAUCGGCCCUAGCCUAUGUACAGCGCUAACUACCCUGACAACAGGCAUUGUUGCUAGGUUAGUUAGCGGUUGUACACAGGCUAAAUAGGACCGUGACGCGCGCGGUUCCAGCUCACCACAGGUAUGUUUUCGCAUAAGUUAAUCGCUCUGAUCGCCACACGGGGAGAACCACCGAAAGAAGGGGGUCCCCACCCCUGUGGCGUGACAAACCUAUGGCCUGUGGUGACCUGGGACCGGCGCGCGCAACACGCGUAUUCUCAUUUUUACUGACGCUCGCCAAAGGAGGGGCUGCAAGUAGUCUAGAAUGCUAAAAUAUUUGUUAAACCCCGCCAGUUAAAUUCAAAUCUACAGUAGUUUCA